AUGGCUGAAUUGGAAAAGAAGGCCGAGGCGGCUACCACAUCUCCGCCUAUAUCCUCAAUAGCCUCCGAGGAUCGCGAUGAGAACUAUGCCUUUUAUCGCCAGAAUCGCGGUCUUGAGUAUACGCCUGAAGAGGAGAAGAGGACUCUUAGGAAAAUUGAUUUGCAGUUGAUUCCGCUUUUGUUUGUGAUUUAUAUGAUUCAGUAUCUGGAUAAAAACAGUAUCAACUUUGCUUCUGUUUAUGGGUUGAAACAAGGAACUGGUCUGACGGGGCAAGACUAUUCAUGGUUAAGUUCUAUUUUCUACUUCGGCUAUCUCAUCGCCCAAUGGCCUGCCGGUCUGGCCUUACAAAAGCUUCCUGUCGGGAAAUUUCUCGCGUACACAACACUGGUAUGGGGUGGCCUCCUCAUGACAACACCUGCCUGUCAUAAUUUCGCCGGAAUCGCUGUGAAUCGAUUCUUGCUAGGCUUCGUCGAGGCUGUUGUUAACCCGGGCUUCGUUCUGUUGAUGAGUAUGUGGUAUACUGCAGAGGAGCAGCCUCUCCGGUUGGAGGCUUAUUAUUGCACCAAUGGUAUCGCGACCAUGUUUGGAGGAUUGAUUGGUUACGCUGUUGGUCACAUUACCACCGGUCUUCCGAAGUGGAUGUACGUCUUUCUCAUCUUCGGCGCCUUCUCGCUUGUCACCGGUGUCUUUGCGCUAUGGCUUCUCCCGGAUCUUCCGUCCACAGCCAAAUUUCUUACCGAGAAAGAGAGAGCUAUUGCCGUCGAACGCGUGGCGAUCAAUAGGCAGGGAGUAAAGAACCAACAGUUCAAAUGGUAUCAGGUUUGGCAAGCAGCAAGGGACCCCAAAACCUGGCUCUUAUUUAUUAUGGCCAUCGGAGCACAAGUUCCAAACUCGGCUUUGACAAGCUUUACAUCCAUCAUCGUCGGCUCGUUCGGCUUCGAUACAUUGGGCACUCAAUAUCUCCAGAUUCCAGGUGGUGCUGUCCAGUUUCUCACCUUGCUUUUCGGAGGUUAUAUUGCGACCAAAUUCAAUGGCAAAUUCCACUCCCGAAACGCUUGUAUGAUCGUUGCCAAUUUGACCUGUAUUCUGGGCGCGGGAUUGUUGGUCGGUUUACCUGACACAAACAAAUGGGGCCGUCUGGUUGCGCUCUGGUUGUGCUAUUUUCAGGGCCUGGGCUUCAGUAUGAGCUUGACGAUUAUUAGCUCUAAUAUUGCUGGCUAUACCAAGAAGCAGGUUACCGGAGCUUUGCUUUUCACUGGAUACUGUGUUGGUAAUAUUAUCGGACCGCAAACAUUCAAGGACAGCGAGGCCCCCGGGUAUCAUAGUGCCUACAUUGCUAUGCUUGUCGGUUACAUUGUCAAACUGACUGCGAUUCUUGCGCUGUACUUGUACAUGUACCUGGAGAAUAAGAAACGGGAUCGCGAGGCGGUUGAUAAUCUCGAAUCCGAUGCAGAUGCUGUUGAGAAUGGAAUGCUGGAUCAAACAGAGAUUGAUAACAAAGGAUUUCGAUACGUGUUGUAA